UCAAAAUUGUGUUUUCUCCUGUUGCCUGGCCUACCCUGAGUGCACGAUGUCACACCAGGGAGCCUCGUUGCAAAAUUAUAAUAAUGAACUUGUGAAAUGUAAAUUAUAUUUUUUUUACUUCGUAGGCUUUGAAGACCUAUGCAAGCGAAGAGAAGAGUUACAAAAACAGAUACAAGCAGAUGAAACAGAGAGAUCUAAGCUUCAACGCGAAAUAAAUCUUUUGCAAGAAAAAUUGUCAUGUAUAAACGAUUCAUUACAAAAAAAAUUGGCCACCAGAAAUGAAUAUGAUAGGACUAUGGCCGAAUCAGAGGCUGCUUAUAUGCAGAUUUUGGAAAGUUCCCAGGCCCUAUUAACUGUAUUAAAACGCGAAGGGCAAAAUAUAAUGCAAAGGGCUGCAGCAAAAAAUAUGAUGCUGCCUGGCGACUAUCGAAAGAUGUGA